GUGGUCUAAGUGGCUUUGUUCAUUGUUUUGUGGCUGAAGUAAUGGCAAUAGUUCGUGCACAUGUAACUGCACUUGGAGGAAAUGCAAUGGUAGCUUACUUUAUGAACGAAUGUAUUUUGCUGAAUAAUCCUCAUAAAAAUCAAGGACAAUGUCUUUUAAAUGUUGGAGGUGAUGUAGUCGAAGUAUCAUACUUUAAUGAGGAUUAGUUAUUAGUUAGAUUAUGGUUGUAUACUUGUACAUAGAUGUUUAUAAAUUAUAAAUAUUUUUAAUUGAUAAUGAUCUUUUUCAAAUAAUUACUAAAAAUCUAUAUGUUUAUAUAGUUGACAAUAUGACUUAUGUACUUAAACAAAAAAAAUAUAGUAACAUUUAUUAAUCGUGUUUGUAUUGCCAAAUUAAAUAAGAUAUUAAAAUAAAUGACAGUAGAUUCUUAGAAUA